AUGUCACAUAACAUUAAAAUUGUCGAUGACAACUCUAUUACUCCUGCAAAAGCCCGUUGGAAAUUACUUUCCUCCGUAAUUUCUUCUCUUAAUUCGGAUUCUUUAGUGACUCUCAACAAAUUCUCUAAAAGGAAUCAUCAGGGAUUUAACCUGUUUCCGAAAAUAAAACUUGAUCAAUCUCCUUUAGCGUUAGAUGAUGUUAAUAAUAAAGUUAUUGAUGUUACUUUGAUGAAAACCUUGACAAAUUCCGAAAUUUGCAUUGAUAAAGAUAAGCAUACUCAAAAGGACCAUUAUGAAUGGCAUUCUUAUGAUUUAGGUGAUAAUGAUUAUAUAAACAUUAGAAUAAAAAUUCCUUAUUAUUGUGAUAUGAAGAAUAGUCUUUAUUCUAAAUAUUCGGGGUUUUUAUCUACUGGUAAUAUCUGCGUUUGGCCUGCUGAAGAAGUUUUGGCCUAUUAUUCUUUAAAUAAUUCUCAUCUUUUUAGAAACAAAACUGUCUGUGAAAUAGGUGGCGGUAUGUGUGCAUUAGCUGGUUUGUUCGUUGCUACAAAAUGUCAGCCAUCAAGUGUUACCUUAACAGAUGCAAAUUUGUGUACCAUGCAAAUGAUUUGGGACCGUAAUAUCCAUUAUGAUAAAACAUACGAUGUUGUUUUAUGUGCAGAUUGUACCUUUGAUAAACAAAUUCAUUUGCAUUUGUUACAUGUUAUACGCUCUAUCUUAAAAAAACCAUCGAAAAAUAAUCCGUACAAAAGUUUAUUUCUUCUCUGUGCACCACAACGAGGUGGUAGCUUACAAGAAUUUAUCUCUUUAUUAGAAACUCAAGGCGAUUUUCACGUUAAAUUGUUAGAAAGAUAUGAUGACUUUGUGUGGAAAGUUCAUCAACAAAGUAUAACUGAAAAUCCUGUGCAUUAUAUUCCUGAUACUCAUUAUCCUUUAAUUGUGCAAGCAUCUUGGCGAGUAUAA